GUCGAUAAAUUUUAGAACCAAAACCCCUGGGGCAUAAAAUAUGGAAUAAAAAUGACGAAUUACAGCAAUUUUGAUUCACCGAUCUGCAAAUUGUGAGCUCCGAUCACUCGCCAAUGGCAGCCCCUUUCUUUUCGACACCCUUCCAACCGUUUGUCUAUCAGAGCCCACAGGAUGCAGUCACACCUUUUCAGAUCCUGGGAGGGGAAGCACAAAUAGUUCAGGUAAUGCUAAAGCCAGGGGAAAAGGUUAUUGCUAAGCCAGGUUCGAUGUGCUACAUGUCCGGGUCUAUACAAAUGGAAAAUGUAUACGUGCCAGAAAAUGAAGCUGGUGUGUGGCAAUGGCUUAUUGGAAAGAGUGUUACUAGCAUAAUACUCCACAAUACUGGAUCAACUGAUGGGUUUGUGGGAAUAGCUGCACCUACACUUGCAAAGAUUCUACCGAUUGAUCUGGCUUUGUUUGGUGGUGAAAUGUUGUGCCAGCCAGAUGCAUUUCUUUGCUCUAUUAAUGAUGUCAAAGUAAAUAAUUCAGUUGAUCCAAGGGCACGCAAUGCCAUUACUAAUGUAGAGGGAUUUUUGAGGCAGAAACUCUCUGGUCAAGGGCUUGCUUUUAUUGUAGGUGGUGGUUCUGUUGUACAGAAAAACCUAGAGGUGGGAGAAGUACUCACAAUUGAUGUCUCAAGCAUUGUUGCCGUUUCAGCAACAGUUAAUGUUCAAAUCAAGUAUAAUGGCCCUAUGAGAAGGGUAGUCUUUGGGGGUGACAACCUGAUCACUGCUGUUCUAACCGGACCUGGUAUUGUCUUCAUCCAAAGCAUGCCCUUUCACCGGCUUUCUCAGCGCAUUGCAAGGGCUGUUACCUCCCCCAACAUGCGGGACAACCCCAAGUUCUUCUUCCAGAUAGCUGUCUUCUUCUUUUUAGCAUACGUCGUCAUUGUGUCAUCACUAAUCUUGACAGACAUAUGAUUGAAUGAAACAAACGAUCAUCUUCCUAUUGGCUACCCAAUAUCAAUUCACCCCUUUUUCCCUAGUUUCUAGAUGCUAUUGUCACUUUCUUCCUACAAAAAAGAAAUAGAUGUAAAAUUGAUAUUUGCAGUAGCUUUUAAAGGAGUAUAUUUUUUUGCGUUGGCUCAGGCUGAGGCUGGGGA